AUGUCAAACUUCAGUCUGCGAAUCAAAGCUCCUCGAGGGGAGAAGACAGUUUCCGUCCCUAGUUCAUGUUCAGUUAAAGAAGUAGUCUUUUCGUUACCAUAAAUGUAUCUUAAUCUUAUCGCAGCUUCGAGAUGAAGCAUCAAAAGCGUUCGAGACUCCAUCAGAAAGACUCAUUCUGAUUUUUGGAGGCAAGAUUCUUAAAGAUGAAGAUACUAUUGAACAACUAAAAAUCAAGGAUGGGUUUAUUAUCCAUUUGGUGAUUUCGAAACAACAACAGCCCUCCCAGGUUAACCCAACAGGAACCUCUUCAGUUGUAACGGAUGUGGGCAAUAGACCAAGAGAAAGUAGGAGUCCAAGUAAUCCAUCACAAACUGGUGCUACUGGUGUGAACACUUUCGCCGGUAUGCAACAAGCUAUGCAGGCUCAAGUAAUGCAGAAUCCCGAACUUCUUCGCAACAUGCUAGACAGUCCUCUUGUUCAAUCUUUGAUGAGCAAUCCAGAGGUCAUCAGAAGUUUAUUUCAAGCGAAUCCUCAAAUGCGUGAUUUGAUUGAACGCAAUCCUGAGUUAGGACAUAUGCUUAACAAUCCAGAUCUUCUUCGACAGUCCAUGGAGAUAGCCCGCAAUCCGGCUAUGAUGCAGGAGAUGGUUCGUAACUAUGACCGAGCGAUUUCCAAUCUGGAAUCGGUACCCGGAGGAAUGAAUCAUUUGCAACGGAUAUUUCGGGAUAUCCAAGAACCAAUAAUGGAUGCAGCCUCAAGCAUUGGCUCCAGCUUAAGCGGUAAUCAGUCAAAUGGCAAUUCGGAGCAAAAUCCCUUCGCAAAUUUAGCAGGUGGUGUGCGACAAGGUGCUCCUGCCACUGAACCUAUGCCGAAUCCUUGGGCUCCAGCUACAAACAACUCAUCUACAAAUAACAAUACUACAACAGCACCUAGUUCGGCGAAUUCAAAUCGCAACAGUGAUUUUGUGCAAACUAUGCUAAACCAACUAUCUUCUAGUCCCGAGUUGGUAUCGAAUGCUUUUCAGGUCCCAUACGUGCAAGCCAUGCUUGAAGCAAUGAGUGCAAACCCUUCAGUUAUGGAAAAUCUAAUCAUGAAUAAUCCAAUGAUUUCUAGCGUUAAUCCAAAUGUACGUGAUCAAAUGCGACAAAUGCUCCCACAAUUAGCUAACCAGAUCAAUCAACCAUCAUUUAUGAACAUGUUAUCAAAUCCUCGUGCUCUCCAAGCUAUGAUGCAGAUCCAACAAGGACUUCAGACACUGCAACAAGAAGCCCCAGGUGUGUUAACUAGUUUAGGUAUGUCUGCACCUCCAACUGGUCCAGGUUCAGUUACAUCUGGUACAACCCCAACUUCAGAGACCCCGGCAACAGUUCCAGCUCCUGGAGACAACUCUGACUCCACAACAGCCGAUCGUACUAAUGAUACUACAGCCAAUCCACCUAAUCAAGCUGAAUUGACCACACUAUUAUCCAGUAUGCUGAAUAUGAUGUCUACCACUAAUAAUGGAUUGGGUGCCACAAACAAUGCUCCACCUGAACAACGAUAUCAAGCUGAACUUGAAGUUCUCGCUAAUAUGGGCUUUGUUAACCGAGAAGCUAAUUUGCAAGCAUUGAUCGCUACAUUUGGGGAUGUGAACGCAGCUAUUGACCGACUCCUUCAAUCAAAUCAGUCAAGAUAAUGACCCAGGUUGUUCACCCUAAAUAUCGACAUUAUGUAGUACUUAUUUCAUUUCUAGAGAGGAUAUGCGCUAAUCUUUGCGUUUUUUUUAAAAACAAAGGAGACUGUCAAUAUGUAUUUUUCAUCAGUAUAUUUUUGCUGUCACAGUUUUCAUAAACUGUUGCAUUAUAUGUACUUGUGUGCUGCUAUUCAACAGUUUUGCUUUUUAGACUUGUCAAAAGCCUUUUCAUUAUUGUUUUGUUUUUAUUCGCUUCUUAUUAGAACAGUUCGUAUAUGUGUUCUGCAUACUUUUUCAUUAAUUUUCAUAAAGUAUCACACAAACUGCGCACAUCACAGUAAUCAAAUCCUCUUCUACAUUUUAUUGUUUGUUUGUGUUUUUUCUCUCCCCCUCUCUUUUUUGUUAUACCCUCCAUUUCUCUUUUCCUUGAGUUGUCUGUCCAAUAUGUUUCUUUUUGUGUUUUUUCUUAAAGAAAAAAAGACAAUAUGCAAUUGUAUUUGUUUCUCUUUUUCUUUUUUUCCUUUUGAUUUAAUGUGUGUACUAGCUCUGUAUUUUGACAUGGUUACGUAGAGAAAGAAGAAAAAAAGAAAGAAAACAAGUGGGAAAUGUUUUUUUCUCUCAGAAAAAAAGUGUUUAUUCUCCCGAUGAUUCUUGAAUAUUCUUACAUAUGGUCAAUUGUGUUAACUUCAUUUACAUAUAUGUGGACCAUUUUAGUUAAAUAAGAAAAAAAAAAGAAUGUAAUUUAUAAUAUCAAAAAAAUAUAUGCAUAUAUAGACAAACAGUAUAUAAUUCUUUUAAAGUCAAAUAAAUGGUUGAGUUUGUGUUUAGAUAUAUGUGUGUAUGAGGUGUUCUUCAUGUUUUGUUUCUCUUCUUUUGAUUAGUCAAGGGAGCUUCGUCAGUUGAGAUGGCUGAGACAUGUGUUACGUUAUACUCAAGCACCGACUGCCUUGAUGAGGUGUAGGAAUUGGUUGGAAGGAAGCUAGGGACGGCCAGAUCAAAACAUGGCACAAAUCCAUGAACUGAGCCAUGUUGGUAGGUGUAGAACUGUCUGAUUGGGAUCCGCGAGACGAUAGCGACCGAUGAUUAGAGACCAUGAAUGAUAUGGCUCAAAAUGGUGCAGGUGCAUCUACUCUUUAUGUUCUCCCAAAUUCUAAUCUUCUGAAUUCUUCAUGUCCCUUGUUCUCUUUUCAGAUUUAGUUCACUGGAUUAUACUCCUUGACUAACAUCUUCAAAAUCUAAUCUUCGCGAUUACUGUUUGUACUUUUAUUACCUCUACCACUAUGGGAUUUGAAUGGAUAAUUGUAUCUCUCUGGUAAUAUGGUAUGGCAAUUCGAACUGAUGUAUUUGCGUACGAAGUCCUACGUUGUUGCUGACUGACUUGAUUAGUCAAUAGUUGGAUUCAUGAGUCAACUAAAGCUAGAUAAUCAUAGAAAACCUGGAAUCACUGGACGGCCGUUUCGACCUAUUGUGGGAUUCCUCAGUGGCAGUGCGCAAUCACGAUCCCACCUCACGAGAUUCGAACCCAGGAUCUAUCAGUCUCGCGAGCGAACCCUUAACAUCUAGACCACUGAACUGGCUGGCACCCAACGAUGUUAAUGUCUAACUUUAACCAAUCUACGAAAUUGAGCCACCGACCACCAUUGUCUUUGGUGAACAUACAAUUUGGAAUCAGUUUAAUUAAUAUUGACUAAACUAUUGAUAAUAGUAACUAGACAACAUAUUACAUACCCAUGCAACCAACUACCCACUCACUCACCCACUCACCCCCCCACACACACAAACACUCACAUACAUACAUACAUACAAGUACAUUUAUCAACAGAAGAAAACCGAUCAAUAAAUUAGUCCUCAUGACUAUAAUUAACCAUCGUAAUGAUAUAAUACAUUGAAUAAACAUAACAACUUAUGUAUAAUAUUAGACAAGUUAUUCUUUGUUGUUAAAUUAUGACUAUCUUUUAUUAUAAUUUACCUGUUCAGAUAAUGUACCUUUUCCUUCUAUAGGUGAUGAUGAUGAUGAUGAUGAUGAUGUCGAUGAGGAUGAUGGCGGUAGUGGUGGUGAUAAUGAAGUUGAAUUAGAUGAUAAUUGUUUUGAAUGAAUAGUAGAAUUAUCAUUGUUUUGACUUUGAUUCGAUGAAAUAUUUUUGUAUGAUUGUUUUUGUAUAGAAGAGAAUUGAUGAUGACGAGGAUGAAGACGAUGACGAAGAUGACGAUCAUGAAGUGUUUGUAAUUUCUUUUUCUUAUUCUUUUUUCUUUUCUUCAAUUUAUAUGAUCUUGUGAUAUCAUGAUCAGUAUUAUUAGACUGUUUCAAUUGUUUUGAUUGAUCUAAUAGGAUAGUUUGUAUUUGAUUAGUUAAAAUAAGAUCACCACGUAAAUUGUAAUAUUGAUUUAAUGAAUUUUGAUCAGUGAUUGUCAUUUCUGGUUCACUAUCUGAAUUUGAAUCUGAAGUACUAAAUUGAAAAGGAAAAUGGAAAAUAAUAAUCAUCUCAUUCAAGGGGAUAAUUAGUUGAUUACAUGAACUAUUUAAGGUUCAUUGAUGGAACAAAGUAGUUGUCAAAAUAUCAAGAAAAAAUAAGUCCAUCCUAAUAAUGUAAAGGAUUAAUGUCAGAUAUGGACGUCUACUUUUUCUCUUCUUGUAUUUUCUAGUUAUCGACUGGAUUCUGAAAACCUUGAUAUCUGAGGGAAAGCAUGGAAUGCAAUGGAGAGCUCGAAAUCAAUUAGAAGAUUUGGAAUUCGCAGACGACCUGACUCUUCUAUCCUAUACACAUGAACAAAUGCAGAUGAAGACAACUAGUGUAGCAGCAACUUGCGCCACAACAUACACAAGGAAAAUAGUAAGAUUUUCAAAGCAAGAUUUUACAGUGCGGAAAACACCAACUUAAUCAAUCUUCAUGGUGAAACUCUAGAAGAUGUAGAAACUUUCAUGUACCUGGGAAGCAUCAUUGAGAAACAAGAAGGAUCGGAUGCAGGCUUAAAAGUGACGAUUGGCAAAGCAAUGGUGGCAUUCCUACAGUUGAAGAACAAAUGGAAGUCAAAACAACUGUCUGUCAAUCAAUAUCAAAGUAACAAUCUUCAAUACGAACGUCAUGACAUCUAGUUACACUGUACGGAGUUGAAACUUCCAGAACUACUACAAUCAUCAUCAAGAAGGUACAUGUAUUUAUACACAGUUGUCUACGUAAGAUACUGAAUGUCCGUUGACUGGAUACCAUCAAC